GAUAUUACAUGAAGUUUGUUUGACAACAUCGCGAAAUUUCCAUACCUUUUUCUACUUUAAGGGUUUAAUUAACAAGUUAAGACAGUACAGAGGAAGAACUCAGAUUAAAGACUGCUGUGGCUGAAAUCAAGUAAAAAUGUUAAAUCCAGAAAUGACAGAUGAAGAUGCUGCCAAUGCAUUUUUGAGCAAGUUGAUGUUAGAUACAAAUAAAGAACAAAGUGAUACUGGACCUUCUUAUGGUGGAGUUCCAUAUGUAACAGUUGUACCAUCACCUGGUUUUUGUGUGAAGACAAAAAAUGACUCUGGACAGAAAAUCUUCAUCAAUGUGUGUCAUUGUGAUAAUGUUCCUAAGCCAAAAGACAUCACAGAAGAUGAGUUAUUAAAACUGUUAGACUCAGAUGAUCCUUUUAGUUUCCGAGUUCCCAUGAGUUUAGGAGAACCACAUGCUGAGACAGACAAAAGUGGUAGUGGAUGUACUGUAUAUGAUAUUGUUGUUAACACACAAUUCUUAGAGAAAAUGAAGACCAGUGAAGUGUUCAAGGCUUUUUUCUUAAGUGUUUCAAUGGAGGGUAUAGAAGACAAAUACAAAACAACAAUUGACAGAAAAUGGAUUAUUUUAAAGAACAGAAAAUCAAUCGGUACUUUACAGGAACAUAAUGUGAGAAAACAGUCCAAACCAGUUAUAAUGGAUAUGGAUGAAUAUGGAUCCCCACAUGGUAGUAUUGGUAAUCCUCUUAUACAAGAAGUAGAGAAAAAGCCACCAACAAAAGAAGAACUUAGAGCUAGAGGAGAGGAACCACUGUUUAGAAUUAUACAAGAGCCUCCAGUUGGUCAUCCUGAAUUUUUAGUAGCAGAAAUCAAUCUUCCAAAAGUUAAAUUAACCACCUCAUUAGAGUUAGAUAUAGGAGAGGAUAGAAUCUUCCUUCAGACCAGAUCUAAUGUAUAUUACCUAGAUAUAUACCUACCAUACAACUUAAUACAGGAGGAAUGUGGGGCUCAGUUUAAUAAGAAAACUAGAAUAUUAACCAUGACUAUGCCAGUCCAGCCUUUAAGCUGACAGUAGCCAGAUAGCAGAACCUUAAGUUUAUGAAUGAAGCCAUGGACGAAAAAGGCCAACUAGGACAGCACACUUUGCUCUAGCUUUUUCUGUUAUGGAUUUUGAGGGAGACUGAAAUGUAUUUUGUAUAAAAUGUGAUAAUGUUACAUUGAAAAAUAAAUUGACAUUCAGUGUUA